AUGGCCCAGCCGUCUCCGAUGGCGCUUGCCAAUCGUGGCGAGAUAGCCAUUCGGCUCAUCAAAGCAUGUCAGAAGCUGCAAAUUAUCGCCAUAGCCAUCUACGUGGCCGACGAUGCCGAUUCGAUGCACGUGCGAGUUGCCGAUGAAGCCUAUGAGCUAUCAGGACGAGGUUCGCAUGGGUACCUCGACGCCGCUGAAAUCGUGAGCCUUUGCAAGGCGCACCAGAUCCAGGCGGUGAUCCCAGGCUAUGGGUUCCUCAGCGAAGAUUCUCGAUUUGCCAUCGCCCUACAGGCCGAGAAUAUUUUCUUUGUCGGGCCAGAUGUGUCCUCGCUCGAACAGUUUGGGCUCAAGCACACAGCCCGCGAGCUGGCGAUUCGCGCCGGGGUACCCGUAGUUCCGGGCACUGGCACGGUCAAGACGGCAGAGGAGGCACAGGAAGCCGCGUUGCGCCUUGGAUACCCGGUCAUGGUGAAGGCUACAGCUGGGGGUGGCGGAAUGGGCCUGCAGAAGUGCAACGAUGCAGAAGAGCUCGAGGCGGCCUUUGAGGCUGUCAGGAGCCGGGGAAAGGCAUUGUUCAAGAAUGCAGAGCUCUUCUUAGAAAAGUAUGUCGCCAAUGGGCGUCAUGUCCAAGCCCAGAUCUUCGGCAACGGUCAGGGCGAUGUCCUCUUCUUCGGCGAACGCGAAUGCAGCGUACAGCGGAGACACCAAAAGAUUAUCGAGGAGUCUCCAAGCCCUUUUAUUGCUGCACACCCUGAGAAGCGAGCCGAGCUGCAAGAGUACUCGACGCGAUUGGCAGCUUCGGUCCACUACAAAUCAGCCGGUACCGUCGAGUUCCUAGUCGACGACGACACGGGCGACAUGUAUUUUCUAGAGGUGAAUACGAGGUUGCAGGUCGAGCACGGCGUCUCGGAACUGUGUUAUGGCGUCGACCUGGUGGAGAUGAUGCUGCUCCAGACGGCCGCCGAGAUGGCAGGGCUCGGGGGUCUCGUGGGUGAUGCGCUGUCGAGGUACAGGCGCACCCAGGGGAUCGGACAUGCAAUCGAGGUCCGCGUCUACGCUGAGAAUCCAGCCAAAGACUAUGCGCCAAGUCCAGGGCUGCUACAGCAGGUCUCGUUCCCCAGCGACGGGGGCAUGCGCGUGCGUGUCGACACUUGGGUUGACAGUGGGACCGUUGUGUCGCCGUCCUUUGAUUCCUUGAUCGCCAAGAUCAUGGUCCAUGCUGACGACAGGGCGGCUGCCAUCCGAUCCAUGAACGAAGCACUGGCGAACACGGUCUUGAGAGGGCCGCCUACGAACUUCGACUUCCUCGCGGCGAUUCUAAGCACCCAUGACUUCGUGUCUGGACACACGACGACCAACAUGCUCGAGACACGUUUCCAAUAUCAGCCAGCUGCGAUGGAAUUCUUGGAGCCAGGGGCAUUCACAACCGUCCAGGACUACCCAGGGCGCGUGAAUGUUCCCCACGGCGUGCCACAGUCUGGCCCGAUGGACUCGCUGUCGUUCCGCGUGGCCAACCUCCUUGUUGGCAACCCCGAGGGCCUAGAAGCCUUCGAGAUCACCAUGGUCGGUCCUCGCAUCAAGUUCUAUUCUGCAGCCGUCAUAGCUCUUUGUGGAACCGCGUUCCCCCUGUGGAUUGAAGGACAGCAGGCCGGGAGCUGGGCACGGCACAGCAUUCCUGCCGGAGCCGGGGUGCAGAUUGGGGAAGCGGCGUCGGGGGCGCGGGCUUACCUCACUGUGCGCGGCGGGUUGCCCGAGGUCGCCACGUACCUUGGAUCCAAGAGCACGACUCCGUCUGUGGGCUGGGGCGGCUAUCAGGGACGGUGCAUGCGGGCUGGGGAUUUUGUCUUCCUGGACAGGGCGGCCAGCAUGGAAGCCUCUACCAUCGGUCAUUUCCAGCUGCCACAAGCCAUGAUCACAGAGCCCAGGGCCAACCCUCGCCUCUAUGCACUUCCUGGGCCGUGGUGCUCAGACGACUUUACUUGCUCCUUCAACUCCAAUCGCGGAGGCAUCAGACUCGACGGUCCAUCCCCUGCGUGGUCAAGAUCUGGCGGGGGCGAGGGCGGCAGCCACGCCAGCAACAUGGUCGGCUACGGAGUGGCUCUGGGCAGCGUAAGCUGGACUGGUGACGCGGCCGUGGUCCUCCUCGCAGAUGGGCCCAACCAGACGGGCUUCAUCAUUACUCACACCAUCGCGCAAUGUGACCACUGGCGACUGAGUCAGUUGAGGCCCGGCGAAAAAGUGUCCUUCCAAGCCAUCACGCCAGACCAAGCCAUGGAACUCGAAGCACGGAUUGACAGGCACCUCCAAAAUGUUGCAAGAGUCAUCGGCAACGAAGGUGUGUUCCCUCCACCGCCGUCGGUGCCCCUUUGCUACGACCUGCCUGCUGUCGCAGCCGGCGACGGCGUCUUGAGCCAUACGAAGAAUCACGGUGACAACAGCAAUAAUGUGGCCUUCUCUGUCCGUCAGGCUGGAGAGCGUGCCAUCCUGGGUGUGUUCGGUUCGGGUACAUUCAAUCUCAAUCUCCGUGCCCGCGUCCAGCAGAUGGCCAAUAUCAUCACGAACACUCGUCCUCGUGGGAUCGGCUUAGCACCCAUCGCCGAAAACUUCUCCAUCCUGGUACACUUUGACCCCAAGAUCAUGUCCCAACAAGAGACCGUGAGCCUCAUCUUGUCUUUCAACGACCAGCUCGACCCUGUUGAAACAGCGGGUAUACCCAGCCGGAUUAUCCGCCUCCCCGCCGUCUUCGAUCCCCCGGAAUGCCAUGUGGCUAUUGACAAGUACAUGUUACUUCAACGGCCGUAUGCCACUUACUUGCCAGACAAUAUCGACUUCAUUCGUAGAAGCAAUGGAUUGGCCCGCAGGGCAGAUGUCAAGGCCGCCUUCUUUGACACGCCGCAUGUUGUCAAUGCUGUGGGCUGGCUGAUGGGCCUACCGAUCUACAACGUCCUCGAUCCACGGCGCCAACUGAAUGUGCCUAAGUACAACCCUGCGCGAACGUGGACAGCCGCCGGCUCGUUGGGUUCGGGCGGGACAUCGAGCUCCAUCUACCCAAACGACGGCCCUGGAGGAUACAUGCUCUGGGGUGCCACUCUUCCGGGCUGCUGCUGGGACACGUACGGGAGAAGGAAGGGUGGGAAAGCACAAAAGCCUUGGCUGUUUGAGCCCUUCUAUCAAAUUAUUUUCCACGAGGUCGACCGGGACGUUUUCGACCAAGCGGUCCGGGAUUUCCGAGCUGGGCGUUACGAGAUCCAAAUAUCAGAAGCAAAGCUGGACAUGGCCGCGUAUAACGACAUGCUGGUUCGUACAGCCGAUGAAGUGGCGGCUCUCAGAAAGGUCCAAGAGGAGUGCACUCAGAUCGAACUAGCCAAGGAGAAGGAGCUCCUCGCAAAAUGGACUGAGGAGAAACGACUCAAGGAAGGCGACGUGAGCUGUCAACAACAGCCGGGAAAGCCCCAGAUAGGUGCCGGGCAGUUGGGGAUCAAUCCUCAACUUGUUGCCAGCGUAUGGAAGAUACAAGUGAACGUCGGAGACCAUGUUGCUGCAGGAGACACCGUAGCGGUGUUGGAGGCGAUGAAGAUGGAAACCGCGGUUCGCGUGCCUACGGGUGGCGAAAAGUAUUGCGUGGCAGCAGUCCUCAAGAGUCCCGGCGAUACGAUAGAAGUGGGAGAAUAUAUAGUCGUACUAGACAAGAUUUGA